AUGAGAGUUCUUGUGGCCCUCUGUCUGCUCGCAGCAGCUUGUGCUAAAAAAAACUCAUUAGAUGACGUGGAUUUGGGGCGUAAAAAUCCCAACCUGGGCAAUGAGUGUAAUUUGAGUAAGGCAUCCUGUAAGUGCUGUCUGAUGCAACAGCGGAUACACAACAUGUCGGCAGUCUUUAAUAAAACCCUCGCUGAGCUGGAAGAAAAACUGAAGGAGAACAAACAAAUCUUCAGGAAACUGAAUGAGAGUCGUACUGCCUUUUCAGUUGCUCUAACCGAUGAGCAAACAUGUUAUACAUCCAUUAACGACAGCCAGAACCUCAUCUACAAGCAAGUCUUCAUCAACCUGGGAGGCGGUUACAACAUGACCACUGGUAUCUUCAGGGUUCCCAGACGUGGCGUCUACACACUCGCCCUCACUGCCUUCAGUGAUGAGGGGGCCUCUGGUAUGGAGUUCAAAGCCUGUGUGAAGUUACAGGUGAACGGGACAACAGUAGUUUGGCCGGGGCAGAGAAACAGCCACGAUCACAAGGACAGCGCCACUACUGUCAUUGUCCUGCAUCUGAGGGCUGGAGACAAUGUGGCUGUCAAUCUGGGCAAGAACUGCUCGCUGUGCCACGACUACAACCACUACAACACAUUCAGUGGAUUCCUGUUGUAUGACACUGAGUAAACUAGUAAAGUGUAGCAGCAGAAACCUUUUAGACAUUAGAGUCUGACAGAUGUUCAAUUCAUCUCAUCUAUGUUUGACUAUUCUGAGUUUGAACCUUGUCCUUGUUCUGCAACAUAAUUUUUACAUCGACUACUGUGUUGAAUGUGACAAAUAUUGCUGGAUCUGUGAACAUACACAAUAAUAAAGCAAGA